AUGGAGUGCCUCCGGGAGUCUUUCUACGAUGGAGUUGUACUUGAUGGACGGUUCAAGACAGUAUCUCCUCUCAACCAUGGAUCUUUCGGCAUGGUCUUUAUGGCCGAGGAUCUGACCAACAAUGAGAAGGUUGCUAUCAAGUGCCUCACCAAGAAAUCUGCAAUCAUCGAUGGAGAUUACUCCUUUGCUGUGGAUGAGCAGUCGGAGGAGCUGGCCUGCCACGCACGACUAGGCAACCAUCCCAACAUUGUGAACAUGAUUCACUCUUUCGAGACCGAAGCACAUAUCUACAUCGUCCUCGAGUUCUGCUCCCGAGGUGACCUUUACGAGGCCAUCAGAACCGGCACCGGCCCAUUGGAAACCGAGCACGUCCGCAGAUUCAUGCUCCAGCUUGUCGAUGCUGUUGAUUACAUUCACGCCAAGGGCAUGUAUCACCGAGACAUCAAGCCAGAAAACAUCUUCCUCACACAAGCCGGGGAGAUGAAGCUCGGUGACUUUGGACUCGCUACGACAGAGAAGUGGACUUUCGAAACGACUGUUGGCAGUGACCGAUACAUGUCGCCAGAACAGUAUGAUUCCGCUGGAGCAGGGUACGCACCGGAGAAAGCCGAUAUCUGGGCCAUUGGUAUCUGUCUGUUGAACAUUCUCUUCUCUCGAAACCCAUUCACCACUCCCACGGAGUCCGAUCCAUUGUUCCUCGACUUUACUCGUGACAAGCAAUCUCUUUUCGAUGUCUUCCCAACAAUGUCCAUGGACACCUUCGAGGUAAUUACCCAGUGCAUGAGCUUAGAUCCUCGCAAGCGUUCCUUGACAGGAGCCCGUGAGGCCCUCGAGCGCCUGGUCAGCUUCACCACCUUCGACGAGUCAUUGGAUGAUUUCUGCAUGGCCGAGAGAAGGGGCAUCGCCAGCGCCAACCGUGAACCCCUCCGCACCCCAUCUAUCCAGAGCCCUCACGUCGACAAUGGAUCUUUCCCGUGGGCCAAGGCUCUGCAGGCAAGUCCACCCCACCAAUUCCGCCAACUGUCAGUCAUUGCGGACGACGAGAGCUACUCUGAGGAUCUUUUCCCGAACCCGGAAGAUCACAACAAAGGUUGGUUCCCCGCUGGGCAACAAACCCCAUCCAUGGCCUCCGUGUUGGACUCGACUCUCGGAGCUUCGAUGAAGUCAAUGGCCAUCAGACCCCCCAUGAAGUCAGGUCCACCUAAGGCUAGCCUCACUCCCAUUUCGGGGUCCCUGCCUAUCACUAUGUCGAAGCCCGUGCCUUUGCCUUCCCUAGCUUCCGUCUUCGGCAAGAAGAACGAGGUCGCGUCCAAGAGUUGGAGCGAUCUCUGGGACGAGGAGGAGGAGGAGGAGGAAGCCGACAGGCAACUCAAGGCUCGCCAAAUGCAGAACUCGAGAACCUGGAGCCACGAAAGCAAGCACGAAGAAGAUGUCAAGAAUGCUCGCGAACCUCUGGAGCCAAAGAACUCUUCAUCUGUAAAUAUUUCAAAGUUGAGCCACGAUGCGCGUCUGGCUGCCGUGAACGAUAUUGAUGGAGACCUCGUUGCGGAUGGAUUCUUCUUUCACGAUGCCCCCGAGAAAGAGGAGGUCAUCCCAGCGUCCUCUCCUCCUAGAUAUUCACCACCACCUAAGCGAGCUACCAGCGACAAGUGGUCGAAGUUGGGAGAGCGCAGGCGAGCACUCAAUGGUACCUCGGACUCGGAGAAACCCCGGGUGCUGUGGAACCCUCAUGAGCGGGUUGGACAUGUGGGAUUGGGCCUCUCUGGAUUUAGAGCCGGCGUUGGAGUUUGGGAGAAUAGACUGAACAUGGUUGUCAAGGAUAUGAGCGCCAAACCCAAAAGCAAGGGGUGCCCUUGGGCGAAGGAGCGCGCGCGUGACCCUCAAGGAUAUAACCGCCAUGGUGACCAGAUUCCGGAUUUGGAAUGGGCUGGGGGUUACAAUGACCUCCAUUUAUGA